UCUGACUGCCCAGCCCCAUGGGAUCCUUGUGCCAUGGUCUGGACCCACAGCUUCUCCCUGCAGCCAUCCAGCCCCAUGGCAUCCCCCACUGACCAUGCAGCCCCACAGCGUCCCCUUGCUGCCGUCCAGCCUCAUGGCGUCCCCCUCUCUGUUCUAUAGCCUCCCCUCGCUACCGCCCAGCCCAGCCUCCCCACCGGCCCAGCCCCGUGGCAUCCCUCAUGGUGGUCCAGGCCACCUACGGCGCCCCAAAGCCUCCCCGUCCCCGUUAGCUCACCCCGCGGCUGCUAGUUUAGGGCCGGGGGCCCGCAGGGGGCUGGGGGCCAGCCAGAGGCCGUGCCCCCCCGUCGCGCUGCCCCACCGCACCCCAGUGCCCUGGCUGCGUGCCCCGCUCGGCCCCUCGUACCCACGGGCGGUGCCGGGGGUCCGCGCGGUGCGUGUCUGUACAGGAGCCAUCGGGUGCCGUCCCGGUCCCAUCCGGCCCCGGGCUGGGGGGGAGGGGGCCGCCCCACUGCCCAGCCCCAGGCACCCCAUGGUAAAUCAGAGCUGUGACCUCUCCCGGCUGCUGUCUGUGUCCCGGCGUGGGACGGAGCGCACGGUCCCCCCAGCCCCGGACCGGCCGCGGGGGCUCCGCGGGCCGCGCAGCCAAUGGGAGCGGAGACCGGCGCGCGGCGGCCAAUCAGGAGAGAGGGCGGGGCCUGAGCGGCGUUUGAAACGGAUGGCGGCGGGCUGCGUGAGCGCCCCGGCACGUUCGAGCCCGGAGCCGCGUGCCGCCGCCGCCAUGGCGCGGGACCCCCCUCCCGAGGACGGCGCCGUGUCCGUGGUGGUGCGCGUGCGGCCCCCGGCCCCCUGCGAGCGCGAGGGCCCCCGCACCCUGCACGUGCUGGACCAGCACAUCCUCAUCUUCAACCCCGACGAGGCCCCCGGGACCCCCGGCGGCGCGGCGCCCGCCCGCGGGCUCAGGCAGCAGGGCAAGGACCAGACCUUUGUCUUUGACCGCGUUUUCGGGGAGGGGGCGUCGCAGGAGGAGGUGUUCCAGCACACCACCCGCGGGCUGCUGGACAGCGUCCUCGGCGGCUACAACUGCUCCGUGUUUGCCUACGGCGCGACGGGCGCGGGGAAAACCCACACCAUGCUGGGCUCUGAGAGCAGCCCCGGCAUCAUGUACCGCACCAUGGCCGAGCUCUACAGCAGGAUUGAGGCCAGGAGGGAGGAGAAGAGCUGCGAGGUGCUGGUCUCCUACCAGGAGGUCUACAACGAGCAGAUUCAUGACCUCCUGGAGCCCAAGGGCCCUCUGGCCAUCUGGGAGGAUCCUGAGAAAGGAGUCGUGGUUCAGGGGCUCUCCUUCCAUCAGCCCACAUCAGCAGAGCAGCUCCUGGAGAUGUUGGCCAACGGCAACAAGAACCGGACGCAGCACCCGACGGACGCCAACGCCAGCUCCUCCCGCUCCCACGCCAUCUGCCAGAUCCACGUGAGGCAGCAGGACCGCGUCGGGGGCCUCACGCGGGAGCUGCAGGUGGCCAAGAUGAGUCUGAUCGACCUGGCGGGCUCGGAGCGAGCGUCGGCCACGCAGGCCAAGGGCGAGCGGCUGCGGGAGGGAGCCAACAUCAACCGCUCGCUGCUGGCCCUCGUCAACGUCAUCAACGCGCUGGCCGACGCCAAGGGCAGGAAGAGCCACGUCCCGUACCGGGACAGCAAGCUGACGCGGCUGCUGAAGGACUCCAUCGGCGGGAACUGCCGCACCGUCAUGAUCGCUGCCGUCAGCCCCGCGGCGCCCGCGCGCGACGACACCUACAACACCCUCAGAUACGCCAGCCGGGCCAAGGACAUCAGACUGUCGCUGAAGAGCAACGUGCUCAGCUUCGACUACCACAUCAGUAAAUACCCCAUGAUCUGUGAGCAGCUGAAAGCAGAGGUGGCGGAUCUCCGGGCCAAGCUCCGCGCCUACGAGGACGCUGCCCGGGAGGCCCAGAACCCACCACAGAGUCCCCUCAGCUCCAGCCCCACGGGGCUGCCCAGGCUUGUGACUGCCAUCCUGAAGGUUGCCCAGAAGCAGUAUUCCCUCCUGAGGGCUGCCAACCUCCUCACGCCCGAGCUGGUGGCUGAAUUCGGGGAGCUGGAGCGCCGGGUGCAGAGGGAGGCCGGUGCCAGCCCGGUGCCGGGGCUGCCGCGGGGCUCUGCGGCCAAAGCAUCCCUGGCUGUGCCCAGCGCCCCCCUGCAGCCCCUCGCUCCGCUCCCCAGCCCCACGCCAGUGGCUGCCAGCCUGAAGAGGAAGAGGAGGAAGGCUGAGCUGAGCCCCUCUGCCCGAGGCCUCGGGGCGCAGAAGCAGCUGCAGAGGUGUGGGGGAGCAGCCGGGGGUCCCGAGGCAGCGCCGGGCCGGGGCAGCCCCGCUCCCACGGGAGCAGCACAGCCCCCCUUCGCCUCCCCAGCGUCCCGCUGCUGCACCCCCAAGAUGUGCCCGCUGACUGUGGUCAAGGGCCGCGUGCCUCUGGCCCCGCUGCCGGCCCAGAACCGCUGCGGCCCCGUCCAGGACCUCAACGCCACAUUCGAGGUGUGUGCGGACGGCGGCUCCUCUGCGCAGCCCCCGGCCUGCGACCGCCCCCACAGCCCCCUCCUGACCAAAGCUGAUGGGCUGCCCCUGGCCUCGCAGGCACCGGUUUCCAAGCGCCGGCGAGUGGAGAGGGCGUCUGCCCCCGUGCUGCCCAGCAGCAGCAGCCGCAGGAGGCCGCGGCCGUCGCGCAUCCCCGAACACCUCCCUGGGAAGGGCAGCAAGAGGAGCACCCCAGCCCUGGCCGGGGCCCCCCCCACACAGCCCAUGAAGCUCUUCUGCUGACAGCUCCUCCAUCUGCCUCCCUCCCCCUGUCCCAGCCCCACUGCCACCCUUCCUCCUUUCCCCUUCCCCCGUGGGAGCUCCCCCCCUCGGCACAGCCCUCGAGUUUCGGGUGGCAGAUGGAUGGCUGCUGCUCCCUCGCAGCCCCUGGGAGCUGUGCAGGGUGGUGGGUGCUGACAGAUGGGGGAUGCUCACAACUAGCAUGCUUUUAAUAAAUCCCCUCCUUUCCCACCCCAGGGGGAGGGGGAGCUGGGGCCCUGCGGCGCCUGGCUCUCGCCUCCCCCUCGCCUGGGGCUGGGCUGGGCUGGUGCCUUUCCCCUGAGCCAGCCUGGAAAAGGCCCCUGUGCCAGGGGAGCUGUCUGCUCCCUGUGUGUAAUGAGGAGAAAAGCAUCCCCCCUGCUCCCAAACACUCUCCUUUUUCCCCCAUCUCCUUUUCCCUACCAUCCUCGCUGCAGCUCCUUGCACAACCCUGAUGCGGGGCCAGCGCUGCUGCCCCUGUCCCCUGCCACCCCCUAUCCUGACACACCUGGCAGCCUGUGCCAGCUCCUGCAGCCCCCUCCGAGGUGGCCCAGGGGGGCAGGAGCAGGGGGCAGCGUGGGCUCAGCGCCAGGCACUGCCCUCCCCCGGGCCCGGGGUCAGCGGCUCCUCCUGCCCUACUUUCUGCCUGGCACUGCCACAUCUCGCCUUUGUCUU